AUGUGUUCAAUACAGAAAGAGAAAUGUUGUACUGUGUCGGCCUGUGAUCUAAAUACUUCAAUUAACACACGAGAAGAGUCGGUGAAGGAUCUUACUAAAAAAGUAGAUUGUGAUAAGGAAAAGACCGCAACCGAAAUCGGACAAUAUUACAAAUGCUGUACUUUAUCGCCAGUGGCACCGACUUCUUUAAUCAAUAUCGAUUGUUGUCAAAAAACUAAACCUUGCGUUAGCCAUUUUUGCACAGCAGUACAAGGCGAAUGUAAUAAUUAUGAAUUAACGCCGUACGGCAAAGACUUCGUUUGUAAAACAGGAAGAUUAAUUCAAAAAUGUUUAUGUGUUAAGUUCAACGGCCUACAAGACACGUGCAAACAUUCUGGCUGCUGUACUAAAAUAGGCUGCAUGAAACCUCUUUUUCCGAAUUGCCCACCGGCGCGUCAAUGGAAAAAUGACUAUAUCUGCAUAAAGAAGAAACCCAAUCAAUGUUGUUUAAAUGAAUAA